AUGGGGUUCGAUCCUCAAUCUCCGAGCCCUUCUCACUUUUAUUCCCAAGAACUUCAGCUUAAACUGUACCAGGCGUUUAUAUUCUCAAUCCCAAUACUCUUUUCCAUCAUUCUGUUUCUCCUGUUUUACUUGUUCUAUCUCAAGAAGAGAGUUUCCACUAUUUCUUCACCUUCAGCAAACCUUCCGGAAAGCUCAAAUCAAGCGGCCCUUGUUCAUUCAUCGGGGACAGAUGUGGAGAUCCUCAAGGAAAAGCUCCCGGUAAUACUAUUUGAUGAACAUUCAAAGGCCAAGGAGACGCUGUGCUGUGUUUGCCUUGGUGAAUUUGAGGUCAAAGAGGAACUGCACCAGCUCCCAUCGUGCAAACAUGUUUUUCAUACUGAAUGUAUACGUCAUUGGCUCCAUUCAAACUCAACUUGUCCACUUUGCAGAUGCUCUGUUGUUAUUUCAACCAAAAAUAGCAACCCUGAGCCACCUGCAUCUGGAAAUAACCUACCCACUCCAGAUGCUCAGAACUCCAACCAGAGUCCGCGAGUCAUCUAUGCAGAACAGCAAGAGCAACUAAGUAUAGUUGUGACAGAUGUUGAAGAUUUUACUGGAGAACAUCGUAUAGUUCCAAAGGAAGGAUCAUCAGGAUCUAGUGAUUCUGUUUGCAUUGACAACGAACAAACUAAUUUACAUGCAGAAUCAGUCAUUAUCAGGAUUCAAGGUUCGAACACGUAAUCUAGAACUCUGUUCUUGCACCUUUUGUACAGAAUGUGGAGAAAUGGUAAUUUAUCACCACACAUGACUCGAAACAACAAACCAGGAUUGCUUGAUGAAUCAACAGCUUGAACAAGGAUAAAGUGGGAAGACAAAUUGUCUCACAGAACUGUGGAGCUGCUAAAAGGUGCAGCCUCAGAAGAAUUCGUAGCACUGAUUUGCCCUCACUCCCUUAUUCAAUUGCCAAUAAGCUAAAUUUG